CAUUUCGCCUGGUGAUGUUAACAUGUGCGUGUAUAUUGGGAUACGCGAUAUUUAUUUGAUUUUCCUGAAAAUGUUACUUUAAAGUGUGGACUCUGUGACUAUAUACAUACAAGGCUUAUGAUGUUGGGACAAUCUUUAUAUUGACAUGUUCAACUACCUGGGAUUUUGAUGAACUUGAUUCUGAGUUUAAAGCUCUAGAUUCGACCCAUUCUACACAGUGCUAUCUACACAGGACCAGGAAACUGGACAUUUCACAGUGCUGGGAGAAUUGUGGAUUUAUAAUAUCUCAUUGAUCAUUUAACAGACAAACAUGGAGAGAUGAAUUUCAGAAGAACUUAACUGGAUUAUAAAACAUUUCGGAUCUAGUAAAUAACAAGUAAGAUGAAGCCUGUAUUAGUUUUUCUUUCGCUGACAGGAUUGUUCUGUGGUACAUUAUCUGAGAAUGCCGUCAUUAAAUUUACAAUUUCUGAGGAACUCCCAACUUCAACUGUAGUCGGAGACAUCGGAGAAAAGAGUGGAUUACAGAAGAAUUACACAACGGAGGAAUUUAACAGUAUUCACUAUAAAUUUCUGGACCAAAGCAUCAUGCAGACACGUUUCACUAUAAAUGAGGUCUCGGGGGAAGUGCUCACGUCUGUGAUACUGGACCGAGAGUCCAUUUGUGGCUACAAGGAGAUCUGUAUCUUGGACUUUGAUGUAGCAGCCUACUCCAACAUGAUCACUCUGUUUGAAAUCUUGUCAGUAGAAGUGGAACUCACUGAUGAGAACGACAACAUUCCAACAUUUCCUCAGAGUAAUGUUACUUUUCAAAUGCAGGAAUCUUCUGUUAUUGGAUCAACUAUUUCGUUGGAUUCUGCAACAGAUCUGGACUCUACCCGUCUGAACUCCAUCAAAUCCUAUGAAAUUGUUCCGGAAAAGUUUGGUGUUUUUGGUUUAAAUGUGACAACAAAGGCAGGCGGAGGAUUUCAGUUGACGCUUCGGUUGUUGCAACAGUUAGAUCGAGAAACCACCGACCACUACCAGUUUUAUGUGAUCGCUAAAGACGGAGGUAUCAAGCAGAACAUCGGAACAAUGACUGUGAAUAUCGUCGUUACCGACUACAACGACCACUCUCCAGAGUUUGUGCAGCAGCAGUACAAUGUUACCGUGGCUGAGGGUGUUGCCAUAGAUACAUCUAUUUUGACACUGUCGGCCACUGACAAAGAUAUUGGAGAUAAUGCCAGAAUCACCUAUGGAUUAAGUUCAAGGCAAUCAGAUCUAGACAUGAUCACCAGCUUGUUUGAAAUAGAAUCUGCCAGCGGAGUUGUGAAAGUCAUCGGAGACUUGGUAUACGAGACCGGGAAAGUUCACAAGUUUAGCGUAGAAGCCAGUGAUCACGGAAAUCAACCUCGGGUCACACAGACAACUGUUUAUGUGACUGUAUUAGAUGUAGGCAAUAACCCACCAACUGUAAGCAUCAACUUCCUGUCAUCAGGAAGCGCAGGGUUAGUCAAUGUGUCCGAGUCUGCAAAUCUGAAAACGGUCAUUGCCCAUAUAAAUGUGAUAGAUACAGAUUCGGGGCCUAAUGGCAGGGUGGAUUGUACCAUUUCGGGAAGUGACUUUGAGCUGUCCCCUGUAGGAGACAAGGGCUAUAUAGUGCGAGUGAACCGAACUCUGGACAGGGAGACAAGGGAGAUACAGAAUAUCUCUGUUGUCUGUCGUGACCAUGGAUCUCCCGUCCUCAGCUCUUCUCUCCACUUCCUGGUCAGGAUCCUCGAUGAAAAUGACAACAAGCCAGUGUUUCAUCAGGACACAUACUUCGCAUUUGUGGAAGAGAACAGUAAAAUCGGUGCCAUGAUAAAGCAAGUCGGUGCAACUGAUAUAGACAUCGGGCGUAACGCAGUUGUGUAUUACUACCUCACAGACGACGCUCAAGGACGAUUCGCUAUCAACUCUAUUUCUGGUGUGAUCACAACAUACACUCACUUUGACCGUGAGCAGAGGAAUCACUAUGAGUUUACAGUAUUGGCGGUUGACAGUGGUAACCCUCCCAUGACUGGCUCGGCCACUGUUGUCCUCACAGUUACAGACGUCAACGAUAAUUACCCCACAUUUGACGGUGACUCGUUCCAGUUUUUUGUUCAGGAGAAUCUGGCAAUAGAUGCCUAUGUUGGGACACUGAGCGCUAAUGAUGAUGAUGAAGGUGUAAAUAAAGAGGUCAUCUUCUCCAUAGCACCUUCAUAUGCUGAUCGAGUACCGUUUUAUGUCAUGUCGGAUGGAGCAAUCAAAACGAACAUUCGCCUCGACAGAGAGACCAAGUCUAUCUACACCUUUGAAGUUGAAGUGAGAGACAAAGGCACACCACCUCUGAGUACCGCGACCAAUGUUAUCCUUCACGUCACUGAUGACAACGAUCAGGCACCCGUGAUUCAGUUCCCCAACAAGGGGAAUAACUCUGUGUCAAUUUCCUAUUUGGUUCCCGUUGGUACAACAAUUACCAAAGUCUUAGCUUAUGACUUGGAUGAGGAAGGUCCCAACAGUCGAUUAACCUAUUCCAUUAAGGCAGGGAACCACCAUGAUAUUUUUGCUAUUGGUCAGACGUCUGGUAAUAUUUACCUCAAGAGAGCGUAUUCUCUGGAAAGUGACGAGACUUUUAGACUGGAGAUCUCUGUCAAAGACAAUGCACCCCAACCUAAGGAAACAGUUCACCAUUUGGAAAUCAUACUCAAAUAUUCCAAUGAAUCAACUGCUUCCCUUGUCCCAAAGACGGGAAAUACAAACGUUAUCAUCUCUAUCGUCGUCGUGGCAUUCACGUUUGUUAUAUCAGCGGCCAUCAUAACCACUAUAUGUAUCUUACGACGUCACGACAAAAAAUUGGAAAUGAAACAUUCUGAAAAAAUGUUUGACAAACCUGAAGUUUCAGCUGACGAUAAAAUUAAAAAAGGAGAUUUAACGUAUAAGGUUGAAGAUGUAUUGGACACGCCUAAAAAAAAGAAAAAGGAAGUGAGUUUUUCCCUGGAUGAAGCCUAUGGGAGUAUGCAGCAUGACUAUACUGGUACGACAGACCUGAACAUCCCCGAUCCUCUGAUGGGUGAUAUGUACCACGACCAAUCAAAUAAGCAGAUAAAGAUUUUACAACAUCACAAGCUCCACCUACAGGCUUACGAUAAGGAGGAGGAGCAGAAGAACAUACUGGCACAGCCUCUGUUUGACAACUUGAGUGAUACGUCUGGAGAGACAGCAAACUCGGACAGUGGUCGUGGAGGAAGCGACGUUGAUCUGUCAUGUCAGAUGAGCAUGCAAGAUGAACUGAAGACUUUCACAUUUAAUUAUUUCAACAAGAAGCAAAAGUCAUCGACACCUUCAACUUCAUCAAAUAUUUCAUCUUCACAACCCUCCAGUAACAACAAACACAGAAGUCCACGGAGUGGUGAGAACAGCGGCCGUUAUGGACAGAAACAUUUUACAGGAUCCGUGGAUGUUUUUCACACUGGAUCGGAAUUCCCUAGAGACAAAAAGGACUCAAGAGUGGGAAAUUCUAUGGAUAACUUCACUAAAGACAAUUCUAAAAAAAGUGGCCACAAGUCAAAAUCAAAAUCUGAAAAAUGGUUUCCAUCCUACGUAUGAAGGACAUGUGUGUGAUAAUUGUAAUGACAAUCUGUUUCUGGACGGAGAUAGUCUCAUCCUCCGGAAUUAUGAUCUCAUUUGAUGCCUUCACAUUGACAGGUGUGGUUGCUGUCUACAGGUGUGAUUCCUGUCUAUAGGUGCAACGGUGUUAACAGGUGUGAAUGGUGAUGUAGGGGAGAAAGUGCUGUUACAACCCCUACUCCCAGUCACGAGGAUGUGAGUUAAAUCGAAACAAUAAUCAAAAUAACCUAUGUGAUAUUAUUAAACAUUAAAUGUAUAUAAAUGCAUUGAUGUACUUCAGCUACCCAAAGUCGGUUCACCAGUGUAUUGAUUCCACAGACUCUUCAUCAGUAUUAAGUCUUAAUCUCCAGCCUAUAGAAUACCUAAUAGAUCUAAGGAGUUGUGCAUUGUUCGCCACACAUUUAUCUACAAGAAGUAGAAGUAUAUACCGAGGACCGUCCCAAGGAAGGAAGAUCUACCAGCUCCACUGUAUAGGUUCCUCCUGUAUGCGGUCCACAAGGGGAGGUAGCAAGAUCAGGCCCUUGGCUCCAGAGACUGACAUGUGGCUUCAUCAAAACUCGCCUUUUUCUACAAUGAUUGGAAAAGAAAACCAUCAACUUCUCUAAAAAAAAACACCUGAAAAGGACCAUCAACCUCACCAGACACAGUACAUAAGCCUUCCACAUCUCUAGAGCCAUACAGUGUCACUGGAAAAAUAUAAAAACAUUGUUUGGUUUACGGGAAAUCAUCAACGAAUCACGCCCUGCUGGACAAUGCAAACUCGAUGCAGCACCUUCUACAGUGUUGAGGCUAUAGCUGGACUUUAUAUACAUUAAUGUAACUGAUUUUGAGUACACCUGGAGUUCCGACUCAAUGACAGAAGUACUGGUAUAUAAUACCGAUGAUAUUACACUUUCAAAUGGUGCUAAUUACUACAUUUGUCCCCGUUUACUUACAUACAUAGGGCGAGGUGACUCAAAUCUGGUUUACCACGUCAAGUCUUGUCUCCACA